ACAGUGGUACUGUUUUAAAACGUGAAUGUUGUAAUAGUAAAUUUGCCUCUGUUUUCCAUGGAAUACAUUCAAAGUACACUACAAACGGUGGAUAAAGCCUAAAAGAGCUAUAAAAACUGCGUAAUAGUAACUUGCAAUGGAAAUCCUUCGUCUUUGCGCACUAAUAUUUUCUUUACAGUGACGUCAAAAAGUAGUUCAAAGAUAAAUUAUUGAAUAAUGCAGCAUCCUGAAAUAGCUGUGUUCUACACGAAAGGCCUUCUUACAGUCUGGAUAUGGUGAAAAUUUUUAAAUUGUGAUGUGACAUCGAAAUCAUGAACGCAUUGCCUAACCCCUUGCGCAAAAUCCAAGAUGGUUGUAAGUCGUGAAUUGUGUGUAUAGUUUUCUGUACAGUAGUAUCGAGUAACUUUUUUUAAUGUUGUACAUACGAUGUUUCAUAGUUUGUAACCUCAACUAAUAUAUGCCCGUGUGGCAUGACAUAAAGUUUCCGCGUUAACAAGUUUUCGUUUCAAGUAUGGGCAGCAAUGCAGAAAUCAUGGAAUCGGACGGGCCUGUUGCACCACAAGUUCAGUCACCAAUUUGCCCAGGUGCGACGAGGUCGGAAUUUAAUUGCCUGCAAGCCUUGGAUGAUUCUAAAAUAGCAGCAGAAGAUACGAACUGCAACUUGACCAUCAUGCUUUCAGCGCAAAAGAUGACAUCGGACGAAGAAGGAAGAGGCCCAGCACAACUUUGUUCUCAUUUCAAAGAAAAAUUAAAUCUGAAAGGUGGUCAGGGAGUGAACGGUAUCGUUAAUGGUUUAUCUGUUAAUAUUGAUAUACCCAGAGCAGGAGAGAUUGAACAGAAGACUGCGUCAAUCGAAAAAACAGUGAAAUCAGAGCACUCGUCUAGUCAUUGUGAUAAAUGUGAAAAUGAGCGUCGGAAUAGUGCAAGUACAGACAGUUCGACUGAAUCAAAUUGUGUAAAUAGUCAUGAAGACAGUAUAGGUAAAUCAUGUGAAAAUGGUGAACAUAAGAACGAAAGUAUGAGUGAUGUAACAUCAGAAACUGGAACUGGAGAUGUUGCAUAUGUAUCUUACAGAUCGGAGCUGCAAAUGCCUGAUAUUAUGAGGCUUAUUCAGAAAGACUUGUCGGAACCAUAUUCCAUAUAUACUUACAGAUAUUUCAUUCACAACUGGCCAAAACUGUGUUUCUUGGCUAUGGACGGUGGCAAAUGUGUGGGUGCAAUUGUUUGCAAGCUCGAUGUACAUCGCAAGGUUGUCAAGAGAGGAUACAUUGCCAUGCUUGCCGUUGAUGAAAAGUAUAGAAAAAGAAAAAUAGGUUCCAAUCUGGUGUUGAAAGCAAUCCGAGCCAUGGUCGAGGAUGAGGCAGAUGAGGUUGUGUUGGAGACAGAAAUUACGAACCGCCCUGCCCUGCGACUGUAUGAAAAUCUGGGCUUCGUUCGUGACAAGCGCCUUUUCCGUUAUUACCUGAAUGGUGUGGAUGCUCUUAGAUUAAAGCUGUGGCUGCGAUGAGUUAUUUGCUGUGGAACUUAUAAAACUCAGGAAAAUUUACCUACCUUAAUGUGUUAUGGAACAGUGAAAAUGCAAGUGUGCUCUAUCUCAUUCCACCAGUUUGUUUCUCCUUUGAACGUGCCAGGCAAAUCAUUUUGGCAGCUUGUCAGAGUUUCCUGGCACUUCAAAAAUGAUGAAAUAAUAUUUAAAAGGAGCUAACUUGGAAAAUAAUGCUGCAGUACACCUAUAUUAAACACCAUAAGUCAGUGAACAUCUGCCCAUUGCAGCCGUACAAUAGAACUGUGAGGACAGUCAAAAGAUUCCUUGCUUUCAGAAAGCAAACACUUGACGGCUGUGAAAUUUAUGAUUAUCGAAUGUUUGCGGCAGUUUGUUAGUUGGCAGCAUGUGGAAAGAACCUAGAGACAGUUGUACAUGCCAGAUAAAAUGCGAAGAAUUAUCUGUGUUUGUGAAAUGUUUUAAAGGACCUUUAACGUUAUUAUAUCUCUCAAAGUUUUGGUGAUUUCCAGAUCCUGUAACCUUAUUUUUCCCCUCUAAAUUAUGCACAUUUUAAAUGUGAGUUCAUCCCUGUUAUAAGAUUUAUGACUUGUUACAAAUAUUGUUCUGAUUUCCUGUGAAUCACUGUUUACUUUGACAGGUGGUUGUUACUGGCCGAACAUUAUUAUGAAAGUAAAUUUUGAUGAACUGGGUAUGUUUUGUGCAUUACAAUUACCUGGUUUUAAUGUUUCCAGAUAUGUUUGUUGUAUUCACAUUUCAUUUAGCUGAACUGCAAAUAUAUGCCUAAUGUUUGCUGAGACUCGUCUUCCAAAGUCUUGUGUUUCCUAGUAAUAUACCAGCCUUCCUAAUUUUGCUUGCAAAGAAAUCCUUAAAAUCAGACGUUUGCAGAAUGCAAACAACUCUUGGACUGAAUGUUGGACGUCAAACCAUUUGCUGCAUAAUAGAUUCAUGCUUUUGGAGGAUAUCUUAAAAGUACUACAUAAUCUCAGUUUUACAAUAAUUUGAGAUAGCUUUUUGCAUUGGAAAAUAAAUUAUUUUAAUCUGUCAAAAGUUUUGUACUUUAGUCAUUGCUAUUGUCUGUGAUAUUAAAAGCCCAGUUAUCACUAUGAAUUUCUUAACUGACUAGUCUUGGAACUGAUAGCACUAUUGAUUGUGCCUACAAGUGGAAUUGUGUAUUGGGUGAAUUUAUUUACAAAUACGGACUCCAGACACUGUGCUUCUGUAUCUUCUUCCUUUGACCUGUAGUAUGGAAGGAAGCAUAAGCACAUGGUCUUUUUUUAUUUUUGUCCACAGGUCACACAUUUUAUGUAUGAGCUGAAUGUAAAUGCACAGCAAAUUGGCCCACCAUAAUUGGAAUGUUAAUAUCCACAGCUGUCGUUAUCCUCGUGCUUAGGUGUAUCUAACCUUGUCAUCUUGUGAUCUGAAAUAUAUUUGUUUUGCUAGAAGUUUUUUAUCAGUUUUUCUAGUUUUCAUACAGUUUCAGGGGAUAACCAUUGAAACCCAGUAUACAACGUUGUUCAGAGCAAUUAACAUCUAACACUUCAUUUGGCAUGCAGUGUUGUUUAGGUUCAGCAUGUGGUUCUUUGUUGAAAAAUAUUGUAUAAUUUAACACAGUAUUUCAGUUAUAUGCAAUACAAAUACAUGUGCCAAGUGAGUGUGCUUUGGUCAGUAUUCUGUAUAUUUUAAAGAAACUGAAGCUCAAAGCUGCAAGUUUAUGUUUGUGCAUCUGUGGAUUUUUCUGCAAAAUUCAUUUUCGAAAUAAAGAUUCUUUUGAAAUAUCCAUUUAGCGAACUUCAGAUUUCAACCAUGUGUUGGCAUAUUAUUUUUACUAAGGCUUUAUUUAUAAACUAAGUGGAGACUUUGGCCACCAUAAACUAUUUUACCUUUCUGGGCAGUCUAAGAAACUAAUUAUCAGUUUGUAAUUAAGCUUUUCCAUUUGCUGUAUUUCAAGACAAUGGCUUGUAACUUGUGUUGUGAACAUAAUUUGAGUUUGCCUACCAGUUUUCUUGUACUGUCACCCAAAAAUUUCCAGUGGAAUUAAUGUUUCAAGACACUAAUGAAAACACUAACUUAGUGGCCACUUUGUGUGUAUAGCGUAAUACCGAUGCUCAGCUUCUUGUAUCUGCUGUAACAAUCUCUCAUUAUUUGUCCAUAUAAGUACCUGAAAUCUGGGAAAUAGUGCAUACAGUUAGAUUUUUAGAAAAUUGUGUAAUUAAUUAUUCCAACUACCUGAAUAAAGGGUUGCAUUUCAGCUACAGCAAUAUAAAGAGAAAGACACAACAUAAUCAUGUUCUCUUUUGGCUGACAGUUAUGUUAAUUUCCAGCAAAACCCUUUUGUGGUUUAUGACUUUGAUGUUGAUCACAUUGCUUCCAUUUGUGGUAUAGACAAUAUUAUUGCUAUCAUAUACAUUAUCUUGCCACACACUACAGAGAACUUAUACUGAUGUUAAAUCUUUGUUCUAAUGGCAAGAAAUUUUUAUAGUUUAGUAUCCUUCUAAGUAUUUCAUUUAUAAUUCUUUGCUCUCAUGUUUUGUUCAUGACUUUUGUUGCUUUGAAUUAAUACUAAUCCAGUUCCAAAUAACAUUCGUCCUCAUUUAACAUACUUUGACUGUUGUUGUGUCAUAAUGCACCGUGUUCCAGUAUUGCAUGACAGCUCCUUAAUCAUUAAACAGUAUCAUUUUAUCCUUUUUUUAAAUAUUUUUGUUUUAAUGUAAAAGAUGCCAUUGAUGUUUCUUGAUGUAUUCAGGUCACACAAAAAAUUUAAGAGAGACAACGUCUGUUUCCCAGAGCUCACAUCCAGUCUCCUAGCAAUGUCAUGGUGCUACAGUUUUGUGCUAACAUACUAUAAAAAGAAAAAUUUUUUAAACUUCUAUUUUUCCAUCAGACUAAAAGAUGUUCGCAAAUGGAGCAGGGACAUAGUAUUUGCAUCAAAUCACAGGCAGGCCUGAAUUUCAUUGUGGCAGAUGCUUUCAAUUUACAAUGAAGCUCCCACCCCCACUCUCUCUCUCUCUCUCUCUCUCUCUCUCUCUCUCUCUCUCUCUCACGUGAAAUAUUUGCAUGCCACAGGGGACUGAGCUGCUAAAAAAAUGAGUUGUGCAUAUAAAGGAUGUCUUUUUACUUAAUCACACAUGUGAGGAAGAGAGAACCAAAUCAAAAGAAUAGUUUUCAGUUAGAGAAAGUUAAAUAAGAAUACACAAAACAAAAAGAUUACGUGAGAAAUAGUCUUUAAAUGCAGUAAACUCUUGAUUAUCUACAGUAACUGGAGACUUGUAACUUGUGGAUUAUAGAAUUCCACAGAUAAUCCGCAAUUAAAAUAAACAGUAAUGUGUUAGGGUUAUUCAAAAAUAAAAUUUAAUUACAGUGUCAUAAGUAAAACCACUUAACUAAUUAUUUACAAUAAAUUCUACUUUAAUCAUCAUGGUACAUAUGAAAAUAAAGUACUUACAAAGAAAACAAUACAAUCUAAUUUCACAUUACAUUACACUACUUUGAAACAAAAUAGUCUUGAAUUGAUUUCUGUCUUGGUUAGGUAGCUUCUCAUUUACAUAUCACGCUACAAAUUUUACACUUCACCAAUUUGUCAGAGAGGGAAGCAUCUUCUUGCUGCUCCAUGUAAUCCAGUAACCCAAGAAUCUAUUAAGAUGCUGAUGCACAGUUGAUUACUGUUUCUGGAAUUAGAGGAAUGUUUUCAUCAUCAUCACUGUCAUUCAUCUCCUCUGAAUUCCCUUGUACUCACUGAACAAUAGCAUUGUCACUCAACAUCUCAUGACCUGGCUCUGUGAAGUUGUUGUCAAACCUUUCAGAUAUAUUUUCUGUGCCAACAGUUCUACACCCAGAGGUAUUUUCCAAAACAGCAGCUAAUAUUGCAAAUGAGCUGUCUUCUUCAUCAUCGUAAUUACUGAUUUCAUCAAUUUUAGAAUUAAUGUUUUUCCAUGACUUGACUAUGUUUGGUUGUCUUACCUUACACCGUGCCUUCAACACAUUAUAAAUUGUGUCCAGCACAGUUAAUUGCUUCCAGAAUGUUUGGAGAUUGCAGUCCUCAACAAUAAGUUUUUGUACCAGUUUCCUCUAUAAAUUGUCAUCAUGGCAGCAAUGACACCUUGCUUCAUUGCUUUAAGGCUGUCACAUUGUGGUAAAUGUUUUAUAAAUGUCAACCUGUCAUCAAUUUCAGAACAUUUCUGUUUGGUUGAGUAGCUGCAUUUUUCCCUUACACUAAAGCCCUUGCAGGUAGCCCCUCCAGCAUUAAAUGUUAUCACACCUGUGGCACAAAGCAAUUAUGGAACCGUGUUUGAAAAACUGUGUGGUACACCCAGGUACCUUUCUGGUGAAAAUAAUGGGGAGGGAAAUGGCACAUUUCAUUUCCUUUGAAACAGUGCAGUUUUUAGCUUUAUCUACUACACCAACAGUUAUCCUUUCCUUGCUUGAUUUAUAACCAGGCACACUACGCUCUGUCACUAAAGCUGAAGUCUUUGUUGGUAGGUACCUCCAAAACAACUUGGUUAUAUCUGCAUUAAAUAUUUGCUCCAACUCUAAAUUUUCUCAUUGAAAUCAGUACAAAAUUCAGAAGCAGCUUUAUUAUCUGUUGAAAUCAUUCCAACACGGCUUUAUCCAGAUCUGCGUAUGUAAGAUUUUUUGUAGCCUUCAGCCUUGACAAACCUUUAAAUGGGUCAAAAUUGCUAGCAAAUUGAAUUAUUUUGUCUUUGUUUUUCCAAAUAUCAUGGAUCGUGGUUUCACCCACACUGUAAAUCAACACCAGAUUUUGUAUACCAAUAUUGCCUCUUUCAAGUUUGUGCAUUAUUUCCAGUUUCUGCUGAAUGGUUAACACAGCAUGUUUUCACUUUUUACACGUUGUUUAGGACUAACAGAAACUGAUGACUACCUUUCGCAACAAUUAAAAUCCAGUGCUUGCAGUGUUACAGCAGCAUGUUGUUUACUACACUCGUUGUUAACUUGAGAUUAUCACUCAACUGUGACCACUGUCGGCUUAGAGAAAAACUUUCUGCAGCAAAAAAAAAAGAAAGAGGGAUAUAGGCUGCGGAUAAUCUGCAAAACAGAUAAUCCACCCGUGGACAAUCGAGAGUUUACUGUAAUGUAUUCUAGGCAGUGCUUGCAACCAGUGCAGGGAUGAUUAUGCAUACAAAUGAGAGAUCUAAACCCAGGCUGUACCUGCUGAAAAGAUAAGGAGCAAGAUUUUAUGUAUGAUGAUGAUUGUAAUUGUCUUCAUGUAAAAUUUACUGUAAUUGUUGUUUGUAUUUGAGAUGUGAAACAUGCGCUUCAUACAGAAACAGUUACUAAGUUUUCUGUCUGGAAAGAGAAAAUGUUGUACAGUUUGUAUUGGUCUGUUGGAUGUACUGUUUCCAUUAAUCUCCUUUGGAGUAAAAGUAACUAUUUUAACAGAAAAUGUGAAAUUUGUGGCACCUACGAUUCAGCUCAAAGUGACUUAAGCUGUCCUAAAAUGGGAUCACAUUGAAGUCGCUAAUUGCAAACAAUGAAAUGAUUGCACUAGGACUUGUUAUUUUGCUACAGGUGUGCACGUGAUAUUUAGAAUUUGGAGUUUAUUAUUUACAGCAUAUUAUACUGAAGACAAUUUUAUGUCUUUGCAGAUUAAAUAAAACAUCUGUAUAAAAGAAAUACUGUUAUGGUAUAACAUAGCAUCACUGACUCAAAAUUGAACUACAGACAAGGAUUAGUUUCAUUACUCAGAAAAAUCCUGUUAAAUGAAAUACAUUUACCUACUCAAAUGAAUGUGUGUGUGUGUGUGUGUGUGUGUGUGUGUGUGUGUGUGUGUGUUUG